GUUUUACAACCACCAGGAAGUGCCAUCUCUGAGUCAGAUCAUCUGACAUUUGAACUGGUCACAGCAAAGGCAGAGGCGGAGACACAGAAAGAUGCUGCAAUUGUGUGUUUGCCCAAGGAGGAGGAGGAGAUUAAGAAGGUGGUGGCAGAGUCUAAAGGUACAGCUAACAUUGACCAGCCUCAGGAAUCACCUUUAAGUGCUACUCCUGUCAUUCUUGAAGAAAACAAAGGGAACCAGCAUAACUGUGCACCUUUAAGUGGUGUUGACACAAGUUCAACAUCUGAACCUGUGACCUUGACCUGCGCAGCUUCUCUGCAGAUGAAGCAUUGUGACCCAACUGAUCAGCCUGUUAUGCAAUUAGGUGAAACACCUCCUAACGAGCCAGUUAACCCAGAUAUUACGAAGGCUGGGGAAGGGCCCAAGUCCCCCAUCGGCUCUGCCGAUCCCACAAAGGACGCGUGGGUGACUUCAGAAGUGACGGCGUCUGACGAGUCAAGCACGUUUAUCGGGCAGUGUGUCAGUAAUCCUGCUUUUGAGCUGCGGCCUCCUGGCCCAAUGUUGAGUCACCUGGAGUUCGUUACCGACUCUGAUGCAUCUGUCUCUGAAAAGGCAUAUAACUGCAGUGCUGAUGGUGACAGCAGCAGCGUCUCCAGAGAGGUGAAUGCCCAUAAGAGCCGAGGAGUGACACACACUUCAUUAGCACAGCAUGCUGAGAUCGGUGAUGUCUAUGUUAACGCUAAUGAGGUCUUGCCAAAAUUGGAGCAUUUAAAUUUUGAUACUAUGGAGUCUGCUGCUACCAGUAAUGUAAAUAGUCAGUUAUCACAAGAGGAAAAUCUGAUUCCACCUCAGCAUCCCAGCGAUGCACUGACAAGAAAUAAACCUGCUAAUGUAAUUCCUCUAUCUCAAACAGUGCCAGACUCUGCUGGCAUUAAACCUAUUAUUUGUGAAGCCUCCAUUAGGGAUGACAUCACAAAUGUCAGCUACCCAUUUAACUCCGACCUGCCCGCCAACGAGGUUUAUGAUACAAUUAAAGGGGACAAUGUGAAAGAAAACCACAUAAUGGGAGAUCAGACCGCCAUGUUGUUUGAAGAGCAAAAGAAACAAGCUAAAGAGGCAGCAAUGGAUAAUCAAAAGGAAGCAGCAGACAGCAGCAAGCCACAGACAGGAAAGACAGGCACAAUGCCACAACAGAAUAAUGAAGCAGAUAAAGAGACUAUAGAAGAAAGUGGAGCCCUGCAGCCACCACACGCACAUAUGGGACAAAAGAGUGAAUCGUCAUUAAAGGAUGUGAAGAAGGAAAAAGAAAUAAAGAACUGUUUUGAAUCCAAAAGCGAGACAGAAACUUGUUCCUCAUCUCCCAGCAGAUUUCCAGGGUCAUCCGAGGACGUGCUGCGUGCUGACUUAGAGUCUAGUAGCGAACCUCUGAUUGUUUAUGAUUCCAGUUUGCGCCAAAUUCCGACAGCAGCGCUGGAAUGCAGCUCUGACUCUGCACCAGAUUUGGGUGCAGCUCUUGGCCAAUCACAGUCCACACCAGAUCCAAACUGUUUUGCUCAGCAACAGGAGCACCAUCAACAGUAUCUGGGAUCCAGACAUCCCACAGAGGCAAUGUCAGGUGGCUGUCUAGAGGCGGAAGCUAACGAUCAGACCCAGACACUGGUUAAGGGAGUAAAAGGAGCCACAGAGGAAGGAGACAGCUCUGCUGGGGAUAUUUGUCAGUCAGAAAGCAAGGAUGAGUUAGCAGGUGAUGCCAGCAUGAGCAAUGAAGGAGUGAUAAAGUCAGUGAAAGGCGAGGAUGCUUCACUAGAGGUUCAUAGGUUACCAUCUUCCCUUGAUUCAAAUGAAAUUGAUGGGAGAAAUGCUUCACCUGAUGCAGGGAUAGCAGCAGGUUACUCUCAUGUAAGUGAGACAAGUCAGGAGACAGAUGAGAAUGAAAGCCCAGGGUUAGAGGGGUCAGGUAGAGAUUUAAUGCCAGACACUGGGUUUGUGAGUGAUCUGAGUGAUAAAGAUCAGCAAAAAUGUGAUCUAUCAGCUGUCUGCCAAGAGCAGAGUAGAAAAUCCGAGCUGUCAGAGAAUCUGGCUGUAUCUGUUGAGCCUGUUUCACAGGAACACGAAAGCUCAUCUUUUCACAUUCCCAUUUUAACUAAAGAUAGCACAGCUAGUGAUGCCAUUCAUGCAGAUGUUUCACCAAGUACAAACCAGGCUGGUGAAAUUUCUAUGCACACAUGCAGCUCUCUGCCAGAUCCUGCCGCGCAUCCAGAAACUGGAGGAGAGGAUUUCAGUGCUGCCGUGGCUCUAAAAAGCACCGGUAGUGAGAGCGUUGCGUGUGAAAGUCAGGAUACAGUGUCCAGGCCUCAUGAGCUGCAAAGCCCCAAUAAAACCUCAGCCACACAAAACAGCCCAAUAGAACAAACACCCAUAAAAGGGCCUGAUGUUGAGGAGAUGACAAAGGAAGAUAAAGAAGCUUUGGAUGAAGGGAAUGUUAGCGAGCAGGGUGAGGAACAAAAUCGGAUAAAAGUCAUAGAUGGUGGGGCUUUGGGAAAGCAGGGGGUGGUGCAUUUAGCAGGGAGUGAUAAAGAAAUCACCGUUUUAGGCAUCUCCCAAAGUGGGGAGGCACAGAUUAGCACGGAGGUUGCUGUUUGUCACUCUGAUGGCAACACUGGUCCUUGUAAGGCAAGAGAAAGUGACAGUGAUGCAACCGAAAAAAUGACUGCGGAUGUUGACACAGGCCCGUCUGUUGUUUCAUCAAAACGCCUAGAAGAUUUCGAAACUCUUACCCACUCAGAGAAACCACAAGAUGUGGCGCCACUGUCAAAGCCCCCAGAUGACAUUGUGGUUAAACCCACUGCUGCUGCCUCGCGGUGUAAAUCAGAAUCAGUCGAUAGAGCUCCGGCCCGCCGCCCUCCUGCUGAACAAGUAGAAGCUGCUGAAGCAGACACAAACUGGAUAAAAGCGCUCAGGGAAGCUGCAUCCCAUUCUCAAAGCGAACAAGUGAACCCAGUGGAUGCCUUAAGACCCUUUCCAUCUCUGGAGUCUCCUCAACAAGAGUUUCUCACUCCGACUGAGGAGAUAGCAGCUCCCGUGAGACAGGAGAAGACCCCAACACCAGAACUAGCAGCGGAGGAGACAGCAGAGAUCCCACCUGUGAAUCUUGUGAAGAAGCCAGUAGACCUUCCCAGACCUUUAAAAAAGGCAGGAGAUCUCCUAGAAUCAGCACAUGAGAUAGCAGAGCUUUCCAAACCACCGCAGAGUAUAAAAGUAGAAGAAGAAGAAACGGCAAAGGCAGAGCUUCCAGAACCAGCCAAGAAAGAAGAAGAAGAAGAGCAUCCAGAGGUUCAAGAACCAAACAGGAAGCAAGUUACUUCAACAGAAGUAGUGAAUGAGGAACAGGCAAGAGAAAGGACAGAUGAGAUCCCAGAACCAACAGCUAAUGAUAGUGAGCUUGUAGAACCAACAAAGUAUGAAGAACCAGAAACAACAAAGCCGACUGCAGAGUCAGAGGAGAAGCCGGUCAGCGAGCUGCCAGUGGAGCUAGUGGAAAAACCUUUAGACAUCCAGCCCGUGGAGCCAGCUGAAGUCCUAGCUGAGGAAACUGCAGCGACAGAGGCGGUCCAGGAUCUGGCUGCAGAGCUACGGGACAGUGGGCCCUCCCUCGGUGACAAAGUAGAGAGCGGUCACCUGGCCCCCGCCUCUCCACAACCACUACCCUCCGAUCACCACCUCCUUCCUACUCACUUCCGUGACACCGCAGAGUUCCCUAUCCCCGUCCCCACACUUCCAGAGGGUCACGCACUUGAAGCCCUACCAACCCCGCCUGCGUCCCCCUGUCCUCCUCCUCCUCACCCAGCCCCUGCCUCCCCUCCUGCAUCUUCUGCUGACCGCUGUGAGGAUGUUUACCCCGCUUCUGCACCCUGCCAUAUCCCUUUAAGGAGCUCAGACUCUGAUGGCGCUUUUGAGACCCCUGAAUCUACAACUCCAGUGAAGGCUGUUUCUCCAGCUGAGCCUCAGAUAAAGCAAACAACAUCUGAUGAGAAAGUAGAAGACACCUCAGUCACUGAUCCUACAUCUGACUUCACUGCAGCUGAACUACCAUGCCAUUCUGCAUCAAAUGCUUUUGAUGAAAACAAGCCCAUCGCUGCUAGCGGUACAUAUAACAUUGACGUUUUCGCUGCAGAAUCAACGACUCACACUCUAACCCGUUCUCUGAGCCUCCAGGGAGGAGAACUAGAUACUUCUGCUCUGUUGGACGGAUCAGCUUCAGGAGGUUUCCGUCCACAUUCCGAGUCUUUCAGUGUAGGCACUGAGAGUGCCCCAGGGACACUCCGCAGACCCAAGAAAGUUCGUCCUGGGUCUGUAAAGAAAAAGCCUCUUCUCAGACAGAACUCUAACCCAGAGAGCCCAAGGCCAGACUCAUCCAGCAGCACCCCAGAAAUUAAGAAGCAGGCGAAACCUCGAACGGCCAGCCCUCUCCAGGCUCAGGAGGAAACAGAGGGAGGCUCUGCAACACCGAGUCCUGGAGGAACGCUGCGAAAAGCCAGAAAGACCCGUGUUGAGACUCCUCCUCCCCUGCCAGAGGAGACCAAUCAUACCACCCAAGAGGAGAGCCUUAUUGUCCCUGCCUUACCUUUAUGCCAGGAGGAGAUACCCCUCCCUGAAAGUCAAGCAGACAAAGAAGAAUCCCCCAUCCCUCCCAGUGGCUCCUACAAAUGGGAUCCAGACAACUUUGAGAACAUCAACCCCUUUAAGACCGGAGGUAGUAAAAUUGCCAAUUCCCCUGUUUUGGGUCGUAAGGAGCCUGUGUGUGCCCCCAUUUCCACCCCUCUAGAGAGUCCCCCCGUCCCAUCUGAGGAACCACAUCACCCCAGUCCACCCGCUCCUAUUAGAGAGCCAGUCACGAAUCCUGAGGAGCAGCCCAUUAUACCCAAGCGUCAGUCACUAAGACUGGAGUUUGACUACUCCGAGGAGAGUGGUGAGGCAUCGCAUCAGGCCUCUCCUCCACCUAAGAAGCUAGGCAAGAAGCCAGGUGCCAAGAUGCCUCUGAGGAAACCAAAGCUGGGGCUGAAAAAGGCGCCUCCAGCACAGACAGAGCAGCUGGACAAUAUUCCUCCGGCAACUCACAACAGCAACGAGGAUGAAAUCCCGGCAACUAAAGCAUCUUACACCUUUGAACUCGACAAGUAUGAAGAUCCAAACUUGAAUCCAUUUACUUCAAGGAAAAGUAUCACCAACUCCCCCAAACUAUCCAGGCCGCCUUAUAACUUUGAUGACUCCAUAGACCCUUUCAAAACCUCCAACAAGUUGGCCAAUUCCCCUCCUAAGACUUCUGCCUCAUUUGAACUGUCAUCCAAUGACAAUGAUAAUGAAAAUGACAAUGACAACCUUGGGGAAUUAGAGGACCAGAACCAGAACAAACCUGCCAAGAAGAAGAAAACUCCCAUCAAAUCUAAUACUUUCAGAGUGAAGAGGUCGCCAAAGAAAUCACCCUUAUCUGACCCAUCACAGGAUCUUACACCCGCAGAUGAACCUUCCUCCCUUCACCAGCAGGAUGACCAUGCCACAGAUGAGGAGAAACUAGCCUCCUCCACCAGUCAUAAGUGGGCAGCCCUGCACGACAUGGAUGGAGAUUUAAACUCUGACCAGCAAGACUUUCCUCAACCGUGCGACCUUACAUCCUUUGUUAAUGAGAACAGUCUUCCUAAGGAGACUCCAGUACAAGACUAUGAAAUUGAGUACAUGGAGAAGAUUGGCUCCUCUUCCCCACCUCCGUCUGCAAAGAAGCCAUCUUUGUACUUGAAGUUGGACUCAGUAUCUGACAACUUAACCAAAAAUACAUGUGCGCAUGGAUCUGAACCCAGCUCCCCCUGCACAGGGAGUUUUGAAGAGAUGGAGGCCCAGAUUACAGCAGGUAUGAAGACACCGGUGCUCAGCUCCCGGCCUGGCCCCGAGGGCUCUGCUGCAGACAAGGGCAGGAAGAGAGAGAGCGAGGCGCUCAGUCGAACACAGAGCACCGAGAUGGAGGAGCAGCCCUCUAGCCAGGGCCCCGUGGAGGCACUUGCGCCAGCCCUGGCCAUGCCCCUGUUAGACAGGCUGUCUGAGUGUGACGACCCCCUGCAGUACCUGGAGCCUGACCUGGCUGAGACCAACCCCACAGCAUUCGCCCAAAAACUGCAGGAGGAGCUGGUGCUUGCUGCCCUGAGGAUAGAGGCUCUGCAGUCUCGUCUCAAGAAACCCAGUACUCGGCGGUGGAAUAUCAACGGUUCACCCUUACUCAAAGUUGCAACGGACACUUGGAGAUGCAUUUGGCACAGAGACGUGUCAUCUUCACUAGAGAGUGGCGUGUCCAAGAACUCGCUGUACUCCAGGACCACGGCCAGCUACAUCGAAGGGGAGAGUCCCCACUUGCCCAGAGAACUGGACCACUCUUUGGGAAUUGCACGAGAGGAGAUUGUGACAAAGGAGAAAGAAGUGCUGGAGUGGCAGAGGAAGUAUGAAGACAGUCGACAGGAAGUGGUGGAGAUGAGGAGAAUUGUAGCUGAGUAUGAGAAGACGAUUGCCCAGAUGAUAGAGGAUGACCAGAAAGAGAAAUCUCUUUCCCAUCACACCAUCCAGCAGCUCAUCAUGGAGAAGGACCAGGCGCUGGCCGACCUUAACUCUGUGGAGAAGUCUCUAGCCGAUCUCUUCCGUCGUUAUGAGAAGAUGAAAGAUGUGCUGGAGGGCUUUCGCAAAAAUGAAGAGGUAUUGAAGAAAUGCGCUCAGGAGUAUCUUUCAAGGGUUCGCAAGGAGGAACAGCGAUAUCAAGCCCUGAAAAUUCAUGCAGAGGAGAAACUAGACCGGGCCAACGCAGAGAUAGCUCAGGUGCGGGCCAAGUCUAAGCAGGAGCAAGCUGCCUCUCAGGCCAGUCUGAGGAAGGAGCAGAUGAAGGUGGACUCUCUGGAACGCACUUUAGAGCAGAAGAAUAAAGAGAUCGAGGAGUUAACAAAGAUCUGUGAUGAACUAAUUGCUAAGAUGGGGAAGAGUUAGCAGGCUACAUCACAAUGAAGCCAAGCAGAAAAUGAAGAGAAGGACUCCUUCUCAAAUUGAUGGACCUCUAAGGCCAAAGUGGUCUUGGGGUUGUAUUUCCUACUGACCAUGUGUAUACAUCAUCCACAGGAUUGGCUUCCUCCUAAUUACUCUGUAUAUUUUUGAUGUUUCAGUGUAUCGUACUGUAUCAGGGGGUCUGCUUUCAAGUUUUAUCAUAUCACUAAUGAGUAUGCCUGUGUGCGCGAGUGCGUGUGUGAUAAUGAGAAAGUGCAAGCAUUGUUUGUGGGUUAAAUUAUCUAUUAUGAUGUUGCCAUGACAGCCACUGAGGGAGAAGACUGUUUACCCACUCCUGUUAUUGUCUCCUCUUAAUAAAGAGAAAGAUAGACUUUGAAGAUGAGAACCAGAUUGUUAGAGUUAUCCAUAAAAUGGUGAUGCACCACUAAGAGAAUACAAGCGAUCACAAUAGAUUCUUGCAUGUGAGAGAUAAAGAAGAACUUGUAAUGUUAAUGUUUGUAUAUACUGUAGGAAACAACAAGACUUGUGCAUUUUUGAUAGUUAUUCUGUUGUCUUCAGCCACUUCCCUCACAUAACAUUGUAGAUAUUUGUCAUACUUGUCAUAGCUUUUUUGAUGAAAUUGUGGAACUUUAUUUUUGGGAUUUUAUUUUGAUAAAAAGCAAACUAAUUGUGACUGUGUUCAGUUGUGACCAGAAGUAAUUUAAUUUUGGAUGAACCUGUCCUAGUCCUGCAAUGGUUGUUUGUCACACUGAGGAAUAACUUCUCUGCACAGCUACUGUACAGCAUCUGCUUACAAAGUGCAAUAAAAGAUGGCAAUACAGCA